AUGAACCCCUGGUCAAAAACUAUACCUAAUACAAUCACAACAUGGACCCAGCCUGAAUCUAUAGCAAUAAAUACCUGGAGUCAGUCUGAAAGUGAUACAGUUAUACCGUGGCCCCAGCCUGAGUCUGUAGCAAUAAAUCCUUGGACACAGUCAAUAGCUGAUACAGUAACACAGUGGAUUCAAGAGGAAUCUGCAGAAAUAAUUCCAUGGACGAAAAUUGUUUCUGACCAAAUUUUACCAUGGACACAGACUGAAACACCAGUAAAUCACUGGCUACAGUCUGAAAUGGAUAAACUGUAUCAGACCAGCCUCAGCCUGGGUCCAUCCCCAACAGAACCUCUCUGGAUUGAAACUUUAUCUGGUACAGAUACACAAUGGUCCCAAGCAGAUUCUCUAGUUGUCAUUUCACAGACACAAAUUCUAACUGAUACAGUCACACUGUAUAUGCAGGCUGAGACUCCAUCAUUCCAUUCCAGGACAAUGUCUGAAACUGAUACAGUCACAACAUGGACCUCAGCAGAAUCUUUAGCUGUAAGUUCUUUGAAAGAAUGUGAAACCGAGAGUGUUUCUACCUGGGUCAAGAAAGGAUAUCCAAAUGUAAAUUUCUGGACACAACCUGAAAAUGACACGGUCACAUCAUGGGCCCAGGUAGAAACUCCAGGAAUAAAUUCCUUCACACAUUCAGUAGUUGACAUGGUCCCACCAUGGACCCAGUCUGAAUCUUCAGUAGUAAAUCUGUGGACACAAUAUGUAGUUGAUGUGGAUACACUCUGGAUGCAAACUGGUUCCCCAGCAGUAAAUCCCUGGACAAAGUCUGUAUCUGAUGGUGGUGUACAGUGGACACAGAAUGAACGUGAAGCAGUAAGUCAGUGGACACAGACUGCAUCUGAUAAGGUAAUAUCUUUUGCUCAGGCUGAAUUUCCUAUAGUAGAGUCCUUGACAAAUACUGUAACUGACAUAGUCACACCGUGGACUGAAGUUGAAUCUUCAGCAGUAAAUCCUGGGACAGAGGUUACAGCUGAUGCAGUGACACCUUCGAACCAGCCAAUAUAUCCUUCAGUAACUCCUUGGGCAACACGUGAAACUGACAUUCUCUGGACCCAUGCAAAUUCUGAUAUAAUAAAUCUCUUCACAGAGACUGUAUUUCAUACACUUAUAUUGUGGACUCAAGGAGUUAUAUUAAAUCCCUGGGCACAGCUUGAAACUGAUAUAGUCACACCAUGGACCCAACCUGAAUCUCCACCAAUAAGUUCCUGGGCCUGGUCAAAAACUAAUCCAGUCACAUCAUGGUCUGAGAAUAAAUAUGCAGUAUUAAAUCCAUGGACACAGAUUGAAGCUAACACAUUUGCACCAUGGUCUCAGCCUGAAUUUGGAGCAGUAAAUUCCUGGAUACAUCUUGAAAAUGACAUAGUGACAACAUUUAUUCAGGGUGAAUCACAAGUAUUAAAUCAUUCACCAAUGGUUGUAGCUGAUGCAAUGAGAGCAUGGACCCAGGUUGACUCUACUACAGUGAAUCCUGGGAUGCAGGCUGAUAAUGACAAAGUCACACUGUGGACCAAGAGUGAAAGUCUAGCUACAUAUCACUUACCUAUAUCUGUAACAGAUACAGUUACAGUGUGGAACAUGGCAGCAAUUAUAUCAGUAAAGUCUUGGCCACAUUCUGUUACCGAAACUGGCACACAGUGGACCCAAAAUGAAUCUCCCUUAGUAUAUCCCUUGACACAAUCUAUAAUGAAUUCAGUCACACUGAUUACCCAUACAAUUAAUCUAGCAAUAAUUCCUGGAAUGAACCUUAGUGCUACUGCAGUCAAACCAUGGACCCAGGUGGAAUCUGCAAAAGAGAAUGGAUGGACUGUUUCUGAAACAGGCAUACCAUGGACCAUGGAGAGUUCCCCAAUAAUAAAGCACAUGAUGGAGACUCUAUCUAAUACAAACAUAACAAGAAUCAAAUCUGAAUUUUCAGAAAUAAAAAUUUGGACAUCACCAGGGGCAAGAACAGACCCACUAUGGACUCAAGCUGAAUCUCCAACAGUAAAUCCCUGGACACAGUCUCAAGUUCAUAUAGUUACAAAAUGGACACACAUUGACCCUCCAACAAACAUUUUGACUCAGGCUAAAUUUGCUGCAAUUAAUAUGUGGACACAGUCUGAAUUACCAACAAUAAUUACUUUCACAGAGUCCAGAUUACCAGCCAUAUAUCCAUCAAUACAGAUCGAGGGUACAGUUACAUCAUCAAUGAGGGCUGAAUUUCUAGCAAUAAAUCCUUGGACAGAGAUUACAGCUACCACAGUUACACUGUGGAUUCAAGCUGAAUAUCCAAUAGUAAAUCCAUGGACAGUCUCUGAAAAUGAUACAGCUAAACGGGGAAUAGUGGCAGAAUCUCCAUCAAGUUUCUUGACAAAAUCUGAACAACAUAGGAAACCACUUUGGACACAGACUGAAUCUCCGAUAAAUCCAAUGAUGCAGGAUAUAGCUAAUAUAUUCACAAUGUGGACCAAGACUGAAUCUCUAGCAUUAAAUCCCUGGACAAAGAAUAUAGAAGAUACAUUCACAGUGCAAACUCUGAAUAAAUCCCCAACAGAAAAUUACUGGACAGAUACAUUAGCUUCUACACUAUGGACUCAUUAUGAAUCUCCGACAUUAAACCCAUGGACACAGGCUGUAACAUCUACAUUCACACAAUGGAAUCAGGUUGAAUCGCCAACAGUAAAUUCCCAGGAAGAGACUUUAGUUUCCACAUUUGCACCAUGGAUUCAAUUUGAAUCACCAAGAGUUAAUUCCCAACCAGGAAAUAUAGUUUCCACAAUGGCAUGGUUGAAUCAGGAUGAAUCUCCAAUAACAAUUCCUUGUACAGAGGCUGUCAUUUCCAGAGUCACAUUAUGGAUCCAAGAAUCUGCAGUAGGAAAUUCCUGCCCACAGACUAUAGCCUCUAUAACAACAUUGCACACAGAAAUCCCCUGGUCAGAUAUUAUAGAUGCCACAGUUACAACAUGGAAUAAAACAGAGUCUUUAGCAGAUAAAGUAGCAUCCAUAGUCACAAUAUGGUCUCAAGAUGAAUCUCCAGCAGUAAAUCCCAGAACAUACAAUUUAGUUUCCACAGAUGCACCAUGGAACAAGGUAAAAUAUGUAACAAUAAAUUACUGGACAUUGGACCCAUCUUCCACAGUCAUACCAUGGAUUCAGACUGAAUUUCCUGCACUAAAGAUAUGGACACAGACUUUAUUUUCUACUAUAUUGUCAUGGACUCAGGAUGAAUUUCCAGCUAAUUCUUUGACAGACACAGUAGUAUCCAUAGUUAUACCAUGGAAUCAUGCUGUAUCUCCAAAAAUAAAGACAUGGACAGAGACCCUAGCUUCUACACUCUCUCCUUGGAUUCACACUAUGUCUCCUAGAGUAGACACUUGGGCUGAGACUGUUUCAACAGUGACAUCAUGGACUCAGUCUCUAUCUUCAGCAUAUCCCUUGACAGUGAUAGUAUCCUCUACAGUCACAUGUUGGACUCAUUCUGAAUUUCCAGGAGUAAAUUCAUGCACAGAUAAUGUAAUUGAUGGAAUCAUAUUUUGGACAUUACUAAAAACUGAAUCUAAGAAAGAAUGGACACUGCCUGAAGCUAGUAUAUUUACUAUUUCAUUGCAUCCUCCAGUUGAUUCUACUGAACCUUUGAUUCAAAUUGAAAAACCAUCUCUUCUAGGGAUAUAUCCUGAAAUUAGUAAUAUACAGACAUUGCCUGUAUCUGAAAUGUUUAUAUCCUGGAUAGUACCUUUUACUCAAGCAGCCAUACUCUUGCCCAAACCUGAAGUUGAUGUUAGCAGAUAUUGGUUUAAAACUCAAACAGAAAGAAUGAAACACUGGACUCAAUCAGAGUAUCAAACAGUGAGUACCUUAACCCAGUUUGUUGCUGAAAGAGUUGAUUCAAUUACCCAAUAUGAAACGGAUCCACUUACAUCAUGGAUUCAAACUAAAACUGGUAUAUCCCAUCCCUGGAGCCAAUUUGAAAGAAAUACAAUGAGAACUUCAUUUUUUUCUGACUCUGAUGCAGUAAGACCAUUGAUCCAAACUGAUCCUGGUAUACUUACCCCAUGGAUUCAUUAUAGCAAUAGUAUAGUCACAUCCUGGACCAGGGUUGAUUCUAAUGCUGUCAGCCUCCAGACACAAACUGAAGUUAAUACAGUAACACAAUUGACUCAGGCUGACAUGAGUGCAGUGAAACACUUGACUAUGACUGUCAUUAAUAAUGCCAUUCCUUGGUUCCAGAAUCAACCUGAUACAAUUAGACCAAGAACUCAACUUGAAUCUCAAAUAAUUACUAAUUUGGUCCGACUAGAAUACCAAUUUGAUCAUUCAUGGGUCCAACCUGACGCCAAGGCGAUCAGACCCUUGGCCUAUUUUGAAAUUCAUGAAACAAAACCAUGGCCCCAAUCUGAAUCUCAAGUAGUCAGUAACUUGACUGAAGUAGAUACAGCCACAUUUUGGGCCCCAAUUCAAAAUGAUGCAAUUGGUCCCUGGUCCCAAACUGAAACUCAAAUGACAUGUUCUGUGAUUCCAAAUGAAGUUGGUAAAAUAAGCCCUCAUAUUCAGCCUGAAACUAGUUUAAUAACGUCCUGGACAGAUAUUCAAAGUAGUAAAGUUCAACCAUGUAUUCCACUUGAAACUGCUAUAACCAGACCAUGGGCCCAAUAUGAAACUGUAGAAAUCAACCCCUCAAUUCAACUUGAAGCUGAUGCAGCAUUAAGACCUUGGCUCCAGACUCAAAUGAAUUCAGUCUUUUCUGAAUUUGAUACACUUAUAUCAUGUUUACAGACUCAAGGUGCUACAACUAGGCCCUGGAUUCAACAGUCAGUCAGUCCCUGGACUCAGACUGAAGUUGGUAUAAUUCUGUCAUGUACUCAGCAAAGAGCUUUAACAGAUCAAGCAUGGAUCCAUCCUGAAUCCCAAGAAAUCAAAUCCUGGAUCAAGUUGGAAGCUGAUACAGUCAAAUCUUGGUUGCACAGUCAAAUGAAUAAAGUGGGACCAUGGGUCUAUUCAAAAUCUCAGGUAGUUAGUGCUCCAGUUCAGCCCGAAGAGGGCGUAAUUCACCCAUGGAUCCAUUCUGAAUUUCAAGCAGAUCAACCCUGGACCCACUCUGAAACUGACUUCAUUGCAUCUGCUGCUCUUCCUAAAUCUGACAGUGUCAGUGUAAGGAUCAAACCUGAGAUACAAAUAAGGAAUAACACCCACUAUGAAGGUGGUAUAAUUACUUUAUUUGGGUCUUGGUCUAAAUCUGUGCCUUUUUUACCAAAAGAAACUGUUUCAUUGCCAGAUGAGUAUUUUACGACUAUGUCAACUGAGAUAGCUGCAACAGAAAGCCAACCUAAACUCCAAUAUUUUCACUCCAGUGAAUUCACUAACAGUUUCCUCCUUACCCUUCCAAGUCUUUGGCUUCCUGAAAGAGUUGAUUACUUGAACCAUGGCAGUAAAUUACAAAUCACCAAAACAGAAGGAAGUUCUUAUAUGGCAACUACUUCACCUAGUCUUCUCUCCCCAUCCCUUUCCUUUCUUACUCCAUUUUCUCUCCAGUCCUCAUAUACAUUUUCCCCAUCUUGUUCAAUAUUUUCUUGCACAUUCUCUUCAUCUGGUAUUUCCCAAUCUUGUUCCAUUCAUUCUUCCAUGGCUUUCUUCUCUCCUACUCUCCUUCCCUUAGCCUCUUCUGUUAGUUUUGUCCAAGAACUAAAUUCCUCAAAAUUUUCUGAAGAAACUAUUCUUUCUCAUACUGUUUCAUCCUUGUUUGCUGCCCCUGCCACACUUUUAACAAAACAACCUUCUCUGAUUCAUGGAUCUCAAUAUGAAACCAACUCUAAUCACCAUGAACAAGAUCCUCUCAAGUAUUCAGAAUUCAAUGUUUCCUUGGCUGAGUGUCAUCUGGGUGUGGUCUGGAAAGAGAGUUUCCAGGCUUUCUGGCUCUUCAAGACAGCUAUUAUUUCUCAUGAAACCACAGAGUGUGGUUUACGCCCUGGCCUUAUACCCCACUGUCCAAACUGCUGGGAGGCAGAAGUGGGUGAAUUCCCUUGGAUGGUUUCUAUUCAGCUGUCUUUCUCCCACUUCUGUGCUGGCUCUAUAUUGAAUGAACAGUGGAUCCUAACCACAGCUAGAUGUGCCAAUUUCAUAAAAAACUCAGAAGCCCUGGCCCUGGUCCAAGUGGGGCUUAUUGAUCUUCAAGAUUCUGCUCAAGCUCAAACUGUAGGCAUUCACCGUGCUAUGCCUUACUUAGGACCCAAGGGACCCCUGGGACCUGGUUUACUCUUUUUGAAGCAGCCAUUACAUUUUCAACCCUUGGUACUUCCUAUAUGUCUGGUGGAAAGCAUGGAACAAGAUGAAAACAUCCAACUAUAUGAUUGUUGGUUACCCAGUUGGUCCCUCAUGAGAGGAAGUCCUGGAAUUCUGCAAAAAAGACACCUAAGCAUCCUGCAAGUCAGCACUUGUGCCCAAUUUUGGCCCAAACUGAAUGAAUUUACUUUCUGUGUGGAAGCCAAGAAAGCUAUGGGGGAAGCUGGUUGUAAGGGUGACCUGGGAGCACCUUUAGUGUGCCAUCUACAACAAAAGGACACAUGGGUGCAAGUGGGAAUUUUAAGUCACUUUGAUGAACAUUGCACAAAGCCCUAUGUCUUCAGUCAAGUGAGCCCUUUCCUUUUCUGGCUCCAGGGAGUUACACGGCCCAGUCAUGCACCCUGGUCCCAACAAGGGCCCAUGACUACCUCUGCUUCCAUCUCCCUUUCAGUUUCUGCCUCUACAAAUGCUUCGGCUUUUACCUCCACUCCUGCUUCUAUUCGGCCACACUUCAUCUCUCUGCCACAGCCUCAGACUUUGGCAGAUCGGAUAUCUCUGCGAUAUGCCAUGCCUUGGCAGGUCAUGAUUAUCAGCUGUGGCAAUCAAAUUUGCAGUGGUUCUAUUGUCAGCCGUUCUUGGGUUCUCACUGCUGCCCACUGUGUCAGACACAUGAAUCCUGAAGACACUGCUGUAAUAUUAGGUCUGAGACACCCUGGAACACCUCUGAGAGUUGUUAAGGUAUCAACCAUUCUACUGCAUGAGAGGUUCCGAUUAGUAAGUGGAACAGCAAGAAAUGAUUUAGCAUUACUGCUUCUCCAAGAGGUCCAGACUCCUAUUCAGAUCUUAGCACCUUUGGGCAAUUUGAAGAACUUGAAUACGUCAGAAUGCUGGCUUGCUGGGCCACGGAUUCUUAAACAAGGAGAGACAGAUGAGAAUCCAGAAGUGUUACAGAUGCAGGUGAUGGGAGCUUCAAGUUGUGCUCACCUCUACCCUGACAUAGGCAGUUCCAUCAUCUGUUUUGUUACUCAAGCAAAAAGCUCUAGUACUAAUGUGGAACCAGUGAUUCCAGGCAGUGCUGUUAUGUGCAGACCAACAUCUGGCAAUGGCAGCUGGAGACAGAUAGGCCUCACCAGUCUAAAGGCCCUAGCUACAAUAGUGAGCCCACAUUUCUCCUGGAUAUUAUCCACUUCUGCAAAAGCCGGUCAUCCCCUAAACCAGGCUGUCAUACCUUGGCUAGAAAAGCCCAAGUCAUCCGGUUGUCUUACACAGUCAACAAGUUUGCUAUUGUUAUCAAUAAUAGUUAUAGCAGUCUUUUGUGACCUAGUGGUUAUAGCAAAAUAAUCAGUUCACACUGGGGGAUAAAAUAAGAUUUAAGACUUUAUAACAUUCCUAGGUAAUGCAUAGAUGUUCCACCAUAAGAAGGUUAUGUUUACUCCUUCAAAAACACAUGUCUUCAAUUAAUUAAAUGUUGAAAGAUUAAAAU